AUGGCCGCGUCGCUGGGGCCGCUGGUGGGAGCUAUCGACCAGGGCACCAGCUCCACCCGCUUCCUGGUUUUUAAUGCAGAAACAGCAGAGCUCUUGAGUCAUCAUCAAGUGGAAAUAAAGCAAGAAUUCCCUAGAGAAGGAUGGGUGGAACAAGAUCCAAAGGAAAUAUUAAACUCUGUCUAUGAAUGUGUGGAAAAGACCUGUGAGAAAAUGAAACAACUGAAUAUAAACAUCGCUAACAUAAGAGCCAUUGGAGUCACCAAUCAGAGAGAAACAACAGUGGUUUGGGACAAGACAACUGGAGAACCUCUUUAUAAUGCUAUUGUGUGGCUUGACUUGAGAACCCAGUCAACAGUUGAACGUCUUCUUAAAAAAGUUCCAGGGAGAAACAAAACUUUUUCUAAGUUCAAGACCGGUCUUCCACUCAGCACUUAUUUUAGUGCGGUGAAACUUCGGUGGCUUUUGGAUAAUGUGGAAGAGAUCAGGAAAGCAGUUGAGGAUCAAAGAGCUAUGUUUGGGACUAUUGAUUCAUGGCUUAUAUGGAGUUUGACAGGGGGAAAGAAUGGAGGCAUUCACUGUACAGAUGUCACCAAUGCCAGUAGAACAAUGUUAUUCAACAUUCAUUCCUUGGAAUGGGAUCCUGAGCUCUGCAAGUUCUUUGAUAUUCCUAUGGAAAUACUUCCAAACGUACGAAGCUCCUCUGAGAUUUAUGGCGUGAUGAAAAUCUGUCCUAGCCGGGAAUCUGGAGCUUUGACAGGUGUACCAAUUUCUGGGUGUUUGGGUGAUCAGUCUGCUGCUCUUGUUGGGCAAAUGUGUUUUCAGGAUGGACAAGCAAAAAACACGUACGGAACAGGUUGUUUCUUGCUGUGCAACACAGGUCAAAAGUCUGUGUUUUCUGAGCAUGGUCUUAUAACCACAAUAGCUUACAAGAUGGGCAGAGACAAACCUACUUUUUAUGCACUAGAGGGGUCUGUUGCAAUAGCUGGGGCUGUUGUUCGUUGGCUGAGAGACAAUCUGGGUAUUGCUCAGACUUCACAGGAAGUUGAAAAACUGGCUGCAGAUGUGGGAACUUCUUAUGGCUGCUAUUUUGUGCCAGCAUUUUCAGGACUGUAUGCACCAUACUGGGAACCCAGUGCAAGGGGUAUCAUCUGUGGCCUUACUCAGUUUACAAAUAAAAACCACAUUGCCUUUGCUGCACUAGAAGCAGUCUGCUUUCAAACACGGGAGAUUUUAGAUGCCAUGAACAAAGACUGUGGGAUUCCACUAAGUCAGUUACAAGUAGAUGGAGGAAUGACCAAUAACAAAAUCCUCAUGCAACUCCAAUCAGACAUUCUCUGUAUACCAGUAGUAAAGCCAUCAAUGCCUGAAACAACAGCUUUAGGAGCUGCUAUGGCAGCAGGAGCUGCAGAAGGUGUUGGAGUUUGGAGUCUGAAUCCUGGAGAUUUGACAGCAGUGACAUGUGAACGAUUUGAACCACAGAUCAACCCAGAGGAAAGUGAAUAUCGCUAUGCCAGAUGGAAGAAAGCUGUGAUGAAGUCUAUGGGAUGGGAGACAUCUGAAGCUCCUUCAAAUGGUGACAUUAGUAUCUUCUAUAGUCUGCCUAUGGUUAUUUUUAUUAUGAGUAGCAUGGUAAUGUUAAUCGGAGCAAAGUACAUCUCAGGUUAG